AAAAACAGAAUAUACGAAAACGUGCUUCCUUCCUCGAACUCACUUUUUGACCUACUGCUAAUAAAUUCAGAGAUUUCUCCCAUGGCUUUCUUGCAUCUCUAGUCUGCUACUUCAAGAAAUCUUUCUUUUGUUUUUUAAAAAGGCGGAUCCACAAAUCUUAGAUACAAUUUGCUCUCCCUACUCAAGCUCGAACCCAACAAAAAAAGGCAGUUCAAAAGGCCACAGCUUCUGAUUGAAUUGAGAGUUUGAACUUUAAGCAAUCUGGUCUUGCGGACAGAACUGAUACUCUCUGCAUGGCUUUUUCAAGGCUUGCUAGGAAUGGCUUGAGAAGAGCAGGAGGCAACUUUGGUAGUUUUGCAGAGAGGGGUACACUGUGUGAAGGAGAUAUCAAUCAUAAAUGGUCUUUACCUUUCCUUAAAAAUGUUACAGCUGGCAACAAUCUAUCGUACCUUUCCAGCAUCAAGAAGGUAAAUCAUGCCAGUUUUUGGAGCAGGGGAAUCGGGGGAACCCCAUAUUAUCAGUUUCAUAAUGCAGAGAGGAUACUGGAUGUGUCUGAAAAUGAGAAUGAAGAACCAAGAUAUUCUGGUCUAGAAGCAACCAAGCCUGGUGAAAAGCCAAGGGUGGUUGUUCUUGGCACCGGAUGGGCAGCAUGUCGUUUCAUGAAAGGACUUGACACCAAAAUCUAUGAUAUUGUUUGCAUUUCACCAAGGAAUCACAUGGUCUUCACUCCUUUACUUGCUUCAACUUGUGUUGGGACCCUUGAGUUUCGCUCUGUAGCUGAGCCUGUUAAUCGGAUACAAUCUGCAUUGGCAACAAGUCCCAACUCAUACUUUUAUCUGGCUUCCUGUACUGGCAUUGACACAGACAAACAUGAAGUUUACUGUGAGACAAUAAGCAAUGGUGGAUUGCCUCAGGAGACUCACAAGUUUAAAGUUGCAUAUGACAAGCUAGUGAUUGCUGCUGGAGCUGAGCCUCUGACGUUUGGUAUCAAGGGAGUGAAGGAGCACGCUUAUUUUCUUAGAGAAGUGAAUCAUGCUCAAGAAAUAAGGAAGAAGCUCCUUUUGAAUCUCAUGCUCUCUGAAAAUCCAGGCAUAUCUGAAGAAGAGAAGAACCGCCUCUUACACUGUGUCGUUAUUGGAGGUGGUCCAACAGGGGUGGAGUUUAGUGGUGAAUUGAGUGAUUUUAUCAUGAGAGAUGUCCAAGAGCAGUAUUCUCAUGUUAAGGAUCGCAUUAAGGUUACCCUCAUAGAGGCCAAUGAAAUUCUAUCAUCCUUUGAUGUUGGACUAAGGCAAUAUGCAACAAAUCAUUUGACUAAGUGUGGUGUCCGGCUCACACGAGGUGUAGUGAAGGAGGUACAUCCCACCAAAUUAGUUCUCAGCGAUGGUGCUGAAGUUCCAUAUGGACUCUUGGUAUGGUCUACUGGUGUUGGUCCAUCUCAGUUUGUAAAGUCACUCAAUGUUCCCAAGUCCCCUGGUGGAAGGAUUGGUAUUGAUCAAUGGCUGCGGGUCCCUUCUGUGGAAGAUGUAUUUGCACUUGGAGACUGUGCUGGUUUUCUUGAGCAGACAGGAAGGCCAGUGCUUCCAGCUCUAGCUCAGGUUGCAGAAAGGCAAGGGAAGUAUCUAGUGGAGUUGUUUAACAAUAUUGGAAAGCAAAAUGGAGGCAAAGCUUUCAGUGCAAAAGAUGUCCUCCUAGGUGAUCCUUUUGUCUACAGGCAUCUGGGUAGCAUGGCAUCAGUAGGGCGUUACAAGGCACUGGUCGAUUUGCGCCAGUCCAAGGAUGCAAAAGGCUUAUCGCUUGCUGGAUUCAUCAGUUGGCUAAUCUGGCGCUCUGCUUAUCUUACACGAGUGGUCAGUUGGAGGAACAGAUUUUAUGUGGCAGUGAACUGGGCAACCACCCUGGUUUUUGGCAGAGACAAUGCUAGGAUUGGAUAGAUUGAGACAAGGCACCUCAUGUUGAUUCUUUACAUUGGUUUGAGCUGGAUAUCACAGUCUACAUAUCUUAAUUUUGACCUCUGAAUCAAAAGAUUUUGGAGCCUGGAUGCAAUUUAAGGUUUCUGUUGCUAAACCAAUAUGGAGAAAAGGGGGAUAGGUACAAGAUUAGAAAGCUAGAAGCCUAAAGAAAACUAAAGGACACAGCUUUGUAAACCAUUUAGUACAGCAACACCUGUUUUCCAUAUUGAUAUCUGUGGCAUUACAGGUUCUGAUAAUCAUUGCUAUUUGUGUUGUAAUCUGGAUGAUGUAAUAUGUCUUAAAAAUUGAAUUAAAUGAUACAAAUAAUUAAUACUCCUCAA